AUGCUGAUGGGUAUAGAAUCAUGGAUAGCUUUGGGAGCACAAAAAAUUAUAUUCCCAAUACAAUCAGCCUCUGCUGAUACAGUUUUAAUUUUAAAAGAGUAUGAACGCAUUGGUAUUGUUCACUUAAGAAAAUGGCCUAAAUGUAAUUUUAAAAAAUUUUUAAUUCAAAAAAAUAAAGAAAUUAAAGGGCCUUUACUUUCCGAUGUAAAUCCGAAUGGGUUAGUGUUGUCUAGAGGCAUUGAAGAAUCCCAUGUUAAUUGUUUACAUUUUGUCAAACCGUUUGCUGAGAUGGUUGUUUUUACGGAUAUUGAUGAUAUGUAA